GCGACUGUAAUGACAAAAAACUCAUAGUGAACCCUCCGCAAUUCAUCGGGAAUUGCUCGGCGACUUAGAUGCUAAAAACAUGUUUCGUUUAGUGUUUGGCUGCUGAGUAAUACUGGCUUGUUUUCAGUCCCUGCUUUUUCCCGUGACAGUGAAUGCCUCAUCACUGACAUUCUAGGUUUUUUUAAAGAGGUAGAAUGAAUUAAUUGCCCCCAAAGUUCUCUUUGGUCAGCUGAGUAAUUUGAGAUCUCUGAAUCUCUGUCUCAAAUCCUGAACCAUUUAAUCAUGCUUUUAUUACAAAGAAGAACAAUACCAAUCAAAGGCAAUUCAGGCUAAUUAACAUUGUAUGCCAAAUGGAGGGACUCUGUUAGUGAAUAGGCUUGAAGAAGCUUGAAACAAACCCUGAAUUUUUCUAACUGGUACAGGCAAAGGUACCAAAAAUUAGGAAAAAAAAAAUAAAUUUCCACUUAAUUCAGAGUUGAAGGGAUUAGGUACAUCUGUGGAAUCAAGAAACAAAAAUAACACUCCCACUCAGGAUAUUCCAUGUUUCUAAGAUUUUGUGCUUUGUACUUCACUACUGCUUACAGAUGUAGCCAAGUUUCUUGAAAACUAAUGUCACAAUUAUUUCUUUGGACUUCCACUUUUUAAUUUAGCAUCACAACAUUGUAGCACAGUGUUUUAAAAUUAUGCCACCUUCACAUGGGAGUGGAAACAUCAUUACAUUUGUUUUGUUCUGGCCCAAGACAAUUCAGUUUUAAUUACAACAUCUGUAAGUUUCGUGUAAAUCUUUCCCCUUGAAAAGCACAGAGCUGUUAAUUUCCUUCCUAAAAAUAUAGCUUCAUCCUUUUAAAAACAGUCCCCCAAGAGCUAUAGUACAGAGGUCUAAAUCCUCACAGAAACAGAAUGAUAAUUUCAAUAAGCCAAACAAGGUGACAGCAAAUGGCUUAAUAUGUGGAGUUAGCUCAGUCCUGUAAGUCCUUUCUGGAAAUUAGUCCACCUGGGAAAGGACAAUGAAAUUCCUGAUAGGUCACUAGAAUGAAGACUUCCAUGUGCAACUUCAGCUGCAAGUGUGCACCAGAGAACAAAUUCUAACUCUUGGCAUCACAUAUCCAGUGGAGUCAUUCAUCCUCAGGGAAUGGCAACGUUUUCAACACUAUGAAAUCUUCCUCUAGCUCCCCAGAGCGAUCCUUUCCUCUAGACCAUGCUGGGCAUCCAGAAGGGUUCACUGAGGUUGUCUGAGAAGGCAUCACAGCUCAUGUAGGCACAAGCUCAGGACCUGGAGAGCAGGAGACAAUGCACUUCCAGGGAGCAGGAACAUGGGUGACCCUCCCUUUUCAAAUCCAUACACACACCGUGUGAGGGAGGAGCUGCUGCCACAGAACAGCUUGAGAAGGACAGGUGGGCUACAUGAACCCAGCCACAUGAGGGUGCACAGAAAUUUGGCUGGUGUUGCACAGUGAGAGGCUUGGAACUGUGUCCUAUAUCCAAAGCCUCACCAGCAGGAAGGUUUCUAGCUGCAUAUUGAAGAUCCCAGUGGAAUUUGAGUUAAGCCAGCUGGAAUUACUCCACUUUGGGCGUUUACAGGAACCCCCAAGUCCGUGGGUCUUGUUCAAGGUCAGCAUUCCACUCUGGGGUCUGUGGGGCUCAGUGCAUUCUACAGCAUCUGUGCUCCUGUGGUUCCAAGCACUGACAUGGAGUUUGCUUCAAGACAGCCUCUUUUAAAGAGAGAUUAAUUUGCACACUUUGUUCUGCUUGCUUUUCCUUUUUCUUUCUGUUUAGCUCUGUCCAGCCCACUAAAAUAUUUUAAUCUCAGACAUGCAAAUAUUCUUUGAACAUAUGAAUGAUCAUGCUUUAAUCUGAUUUACUAAGAUAAGGCCAAUGUAAUCACAUUGUUCAACCUCCUGCUCUUUCAUGUCCAUCUCUUAAAUAAUUUUUAAAUCUACUUGCAAAUCUCAUCCAAGUUUGAGAAAGCAUUUUUUUAACCCUUUUAAGGAUAUUAAAUUCUUAUAAGCAUUGUGAAAACUGGAAGCUGGAUAGAUUAAAAGUGGAAGCUCAACAUUUAGCUACUUUUGUGGCUUACUGGCAAGCUGAUCAAUACCCCCAUGGUGCAGAACCAGAGACAGCACACCACCCAGCAGAAAGGUGUGCAAUAUGGGAAGGACAAAGUGAUGGCAUGGCUGUGAGGGCCAUGGGAUGGUGUGGAGUGACUACUGGGGCAUGGUUUCACCAGAGGUAACUCCCAGGAGAGUUUGUUUUGUUUGCUUUACUUUGUAGGGAAAUAUCAAAAGCACAACUGACAUCAGAGGAAGGCCAUUAGAUCAAAAUCAGGAGGAUCAUGAUUUGAAUCUACCUUAUUUGUGACAUCUGUAAAAUCACUUAACUCUUCUGUCCUUCAGUUCCUCCAUCAAAACAAGUGAAGCAUUCAGAGCUCCUCAUGUCAUGAAGGUUGUUAUUUAUGAAAGCAGUCCAGUGUUUCUGAUACUAGUCAGGGUGGGUGGGGAAUGCUACAGCACACACAGAACAAGCUAAAAAGUGGUGUACCUUUUCCCUUCCAUCUUGAAAGAAAAGCAAUUGCAGGAUAAGGACUGGGCUUAGUAUCAGUGCAAGAUGAGAGAAGGGUCCCAGUAAUCCCUGCUGAGUCCAGCCCAAUGCCUCUUUUCCCGAAGGCUCAUUUAGAACAACAGUUCAUUUUUGGCAGCUUAUGAAAGACACAUUUGCUCUACACUCUCUUCUGGAUGGCUGAAAGCCGCAGGACAGCCCUGACCGUGAGAAGCGCUGGGUUUGACCCGCAGCCUUCUUGGGACCCCGGUGUCAGCAGUUUUUGGACAUUUUAAAAUUAAAACAAAGGCUGGUGCUCAGCAGUCUCGGGAGGAAAGAUGGGGUUCAGCCUGUCUCCAGCUCCCGAGCGGCUCUGGAGGAGAAGGAGGAGGAUGGCUGCCUGCAGGGUGCACUGCUGCCCCGCUGCACCGCGCCCGCCCCGCGGGGCAUCCCCUCCGGCAGGAGCUGCUUCUCCAGCUGGGCUGACAAGGGGGGUUUUUUUUUCAGCACAGCAAUAAAUAAGCCAAAAUACAGUGACUGCGGGCACGGCCCUGUUGUGUUUGUGUAAAAUUAAAUGUUACCCUCGUUAAGCCCCUGCAUUACCGCACAGCCCUUCCUUCAGUCACAGGGGGACAAAGUUCUCUGGCAAAAGAGCUACAUGAAUUAUUUCUAAAUUAGUUUAUGUAUGUGUCCAGUGGACUGCGUGACAGCUCUCAGUUGUUGAUCUUGCAGUUUGUCCUGUCUAAAUGUGAAGUUCAUCGAGGGCUGAGGCAGAGGUCAUACUGCCACUUGAAAAGGCAUCCUCUGGAGUUUUGAGCCUGUGGAGCUGUUUCACAUGAGGCAGAGUAUGACUCAUGCUAAUGAAAAGGGUAAAGAAGAUUUUUUUAAAGAAAUAUAUCGCAGUUAAAUUAGUUUAGACAGCAUGACAUCAGAGAGUAAUUAAAUAGGUUUGUUGGAAUUCCGUUUCCAAUUCCAGAGUUCAGGUUUGUAAAAGAUUUCUGAGCACCUGCAGGUCUCUGUGUGUGAAAUAUUUUCACUGGAAAGGAUUCAAAACUCAAAACUUUAAAAAAACCUUUUAACACAGAGGCAGCAUUACGCCAUUCUUCCUUCUUGGAAAAAAAAAAAAAAACCCCUUGGAUUUAAACAAGACUCCUUCAAGUUUUCAGUCAGUUUUACAGAAGAAAACGAGGUGGUAAACUUUCUCUUUUCAAGAACAAGUUCUUUAUAGCUGCUAACUGAAGUCAGGGGAGAUCGUAUCUGAGUACAUGAGCAUUUCCACUAUGGGACUGGAUACAAGUAUUGAACAACGAUAUUUGAAAUGUUUUAAUCUCAAACGAAAGCCAUUUUUGCUAACUUUGGUUUUUAAUUUCUUUCAUGUUUUCUUCUGCCAAACUGGAGGAACCUUUUCUGAUUUUUUCUUUAGUGGCAUUCAGAGGAAGACCAGAGGAUGAAAAUCCUGCAUUUUCUCACUUUACUGCUUUGGCAUUUGACUUGGCUGUCUCUGGAUCUAGUUCCUGGAGCGCUGAGUAAUUCUGAAGCAGGCCAGGGUAAUCCAGGAUCUAAACUAGGUUUUUUGAAAGCAGAAGGAAAGGAGAGGAAUCCCUCCACACGGGCAGGUACACUGAGGACUGCAAGCCAUGGAUACAGUGCUGGGACCUCAAAGGCCAGGACUAAAAGCAGUGCUGUUCAGGCUGGAGCUCUGCUGGCCAAGAACGAUGACUCAAAGAAGGUUCCCUCAAGAACAGCAGCCACGGAGGGCAAGGUAGGACAUCUCCCCAGCAGACCUUCUGGAGUAAGGACAGUGACUCCAAAGGUUCAAAAUCUUAGCAGCAAGGUGGCUUUGAAAAAAACUGGCACAAGCGGUACUGACACUGAUUCUUUCAAAACCAAAAAGACUAAAGAGCCUGUAACCCAGAGGGAAGCUAAGGAAACUUUCCGACAUCCCCCGAUAACGCCACAUGAAUACAUGCUCUCUUUGUACAGGACUCUCUCAGAUGCAGAAAGAAAGGGUGUUAAUGGAAGUGUAAAACUGGAGGCUGGACUUGCCAAUACAAUAACCAGCUUUAUAGACAAAGGACAAGAUGAGCGAGCACCAACUAUAAGAAAACAAAAAUAUAUUUUUGACAUCAGUGCAUUAGAAAAAGAUGGCUUGCUGGGAGCAGAGCUUCGAAUACUGAGAAAAAAACCUUCUGAUACAUGGAAGUCUCAUUCUUCUGGAAAAGCUUCCCAAGUAAAAUUAUUUAGUUGCUCUACAAACAGACAAGCCUCAACGCUCUUGGACUCUCGGACUGUCAGUAUCACUGAUACACCCAAGUGGGAAGUGUUUGACAUCUGGAAGCUUUUCAGAAACUUUAAAAACUUGGUUAAUUUGUGUUUUGAACUGGAAACUUUUGACAGGGGGAGAGCUGUUGAUCUCAGGAGUGUGGGAUUUAAUAGAACAGGAAGACAGGUCAAUGAAAAGGCUCUGUUCUUGGUGUUUGGAAGGACAAAAAAAAGAGACUUAUUCUUCAAUGAAAUCAAAGCUAGAUCCGGCCAAGAUGACAAAACUGUUUAUGAGUACUUAUUCAACCAGAGGCGGAAGAGAAGAGCUCCUCUAGCAACACGGCAAGGGAAGAGGCCCACCAAGAACCUGAAGGCAAGGUGUAGCAGAAAAGCCCUCCAUGUGAAUUUUAAGGAUAUGGGCUGGGAUGACUGGAUAAUAGCCCCUCUGGAGUAUGAGGCGUAUCACUGCGAAGGGCUCUGUGAAUUCCCCCUCCGAUCCCACCUGGAGCCCACCAACCACGCAGUUAUCCAGACAUUAAUGAACUCCAUGGAUCCCGAAUCCACCCCCCCAACUUGCUGUGUCCCAACCCGGCUGAGCCCCAUCAGCAUUCUUUUCAUUGACUCUGCAAAUAACGUGGUCUACAAGCAGUAUGAGGACAUGGUGGUGGAGUCGUGUGGUUGUAGGUAGCAGAACAGUUGCUUGUGUGAAUAUAUUAUGAAAGGUAAUAUGACACAUUGGACAUAACUUCUCCUCAAACAAGGUUAACUAGAUUUCUUACCCCUAGGGUAAGUAUGUUUACAAGGAUGUAGCAAUAAAUCCACUGUUUCUGUAUUUUCCCCAUGGACAUAUUUCAGUAGCAUUUGGAUGCUGUCACACAGCUGGAUUUAAGGCCUUGUGCCGCUGGCAACACAGGACUGACUCUAAGUGAAGUCCAUGACAGAGAAGAUGAUACCUCCACACUUUGAGAUCUCCUGCUUUUAGCCUCGAGGCAGUGGAUGGAGAUGAUAUCAGUGAGCUGUGGAUAUGACCUGUUUGUUCCUUGAACAUUGUUCUUGAGACUGAAUUUCUGCCUGAUUCCCUUGGGCUUUGUCCAUUCAUAAAUGUGAGAAAAGAGUCCCAAUGUUGAGAAGUGUUGUGUUCUGGUGUGCCCCCAUCUUGGUGUAAAUAGUUGCACUGUAAUAUGAUUUCUUUCUGAUUAUCUCUUGAAACUAUGCAUAUAUAAAAAGGGGUCAUUAAAUAUAAUAUGUUGGUUUAGUUUUAAGUUUUAUGUGAAGAUAGGUGAUGCAGGAACUAUUUGCUUCCAUGUAUGUUUUCCUCCAAGCUACAUAUCUUUCUUAAGUAUCCACCUUUCCAUUAUUAUGUAGCAAAAUAUAUUAGUCUGUAUAAGGUCCAAGUUGUUCUCAAACGCUCAUAGUAAAAGUGUUCAAUUAUGGCAUAAGAUGUAAUAAAUUAUUGACACAGUGCUGCA